AUGGUACGAUUCCGCCAGGCCGUCGCUGGCCUUUUGCUCUUCUCCGGCGUAGUGACUGCUACCGAGCCAUGUGCCCAGGUUGCUGAGGCCCAGCAGAAGCAAUUGAUGGAACAUCCCAAUACGACCACAUUCACUGUCACUGCAGAACUUGCCCACGCCUGUCUUACCUCAGUCCCUUUUACAAAAGAUGACGCUCUUCGCCUGCUUGAUGGACUGCCGUACUUCUGGGACUGGCAGUCUACCAAGCCCUUUUUGAAGGACCCGCCAAAGGGAUACGCAGUGCCUGGCACUGAUCUCGACGGAGGUCUUGCAAGUAUCCGCCAAAAGGCCGCCAGCGACGGCUACAAGAGCGAAUUCGACUUCCAGUUCGAAUUGGAUGCCCUCACCAGAACUGUGCAUGAUGGCCAUUUCAACCUGGCAAUGGACCUCCUCUAUCUCUUUUCCUUCGUUCGUGGUGACAUUGGCCCCAUUGUCUCCAUUUCGAAGGAUGGAAAGGAGUUCCCCGAGGUCUACGCCGUCAAGGAUAUCAUGGCUGGAUUAGCGAAUACAUCUGCCAUCACGAAAAUUGACGGUCAAAGCGCCAAUGACUGGUUAAAAAAGUACUCUUUCAACGGACGCUCCCAGGAUCCUGAUGCCCUUUUCAACGGCCUGCUUUACGGCCUCCCUCGCACCGAGGAAAGUAGAGCCGGUUCAUUCUACUCCUACGCCGGUCUUUACACUGGUAAUGAUAUUACUGUUGAGUAUGAGAAUGGACACAAGAUGGGGUUCACAAACUACGCUAGAUUCACUGCCAACUUUACCGGCGUCAAGGAUGGACGGUCGUUCUAUAAUAAGUUCUGCGGCGGCAGGUCAUCUCGUUCCUCUCUUGCUGAGAUACCGGAGACCCGCCAUAAGGACCACCCUUUCUUUACUAGCAGCCCGAUCUCCCAGCCACCUAGCUAUGCCCUAACCGCGCGCUCCCUCCCUCCUUAUAUAACUCCAGUUCAGAAAUCCGUUAAUGGCGACGUUGCCGGCUACUUCCUCGAGGGCAGUGACUCCCACAUUGCCGUCCUCUAUCUCAGCACCUUCGCCGGUGGAGCCAACUCCACCGACACCAUCUGGGACUACAGUUAUACCAUCACCAGGUUUUUGGAGGACUGCAGGAAAACCAACAAGAAGAAACUGAUCAUUGAUGUCAGCGGCAACCCGGGUGGUGUAAUAUUCCUUGGCUACGAUGCCUUUAAGCAGCUCCUUCCAAAUGGAAAGGUGGAAACUCCUUUCAACCAGGGUGCCAUUGAACAGUUCAACCUCAUCGGCAAACAGGUCAACUACCUCCUUACCCACCCAAAGGCUCCGAAGGCCCCUGAUGCCGAACAGGAGAGAAACGACAUCUUCGACCUCAACGCAUAUGUAGACCCCAAUGGCAAGAAAUACAAAACCUGGAGAUCCUAUUUUGGACCCGAGAGAGUUCGCCAAGGUAAUUUCAUCCACCUUGGUCUUUGGGACUUCAACAACUCCGAGAUGUCCCUCAAAGCCGGUGGUCUCAUCGUUUCCGGCUAUGGUAACCGUACCCAAAUCGCUCCCCAGGCUUUCAAGUUGGAGGAUAUGGUCAUCGUCACUGAUGGUGUCUGCGCUUCCACCUGCUCCAUCUUCUCCGACCUGAUGAGACGCAACGGCAUGAAGUUCAUUUCUGCCGCCGGUCUGCCCCAAGCCGGGCGCAUGCAGGCUGUGGGAGGUGUCAAGGGUACCCAAGUGCUUUCCUUCCGAGAACUAUGGACCGAAGCCCAGUUGCUGCUGAAGAAGUAUUCCACCCCCUUUGAGGAGCGUAGGCUAGAGAAGACAGCACUUGGCAAGAUGGUCACCAAGGGCGCGUAUGUGCUUCAACGCUUGACCAAUAAGGGUUCUGGUGGCCGGAUCAACUACCGAAAUGCCGUUUAUACCGACGACAAGGCCCGAAUUCCUCGACAGUUUGUGUACGAGGCUGCUGAAUGCAAAAUCUUCAUGACCUUGGAUGCUCUCGUCGAUGUCAAGGCCUGGUGGGGAAGAAUCGCACACUCCUGGUGGGGUAACAAGGACAUCUGUGUCGAUGGCUCCAUGGCCUGA